AUGGCGAAUCUAUCCAAGCUGGCAACAACGGGGCUGGGGGUGUACAAACAGCACCGUACGGCUGCCACGCGAGUCAUGUACUUGUCGUAUUUUUUAGUUUUGGGUUAUCGGUUGUUCAAGCCCAAACCAGUUGACAAGGAUGCCGCUGCGGGGGGGAAGCAGGCCGAAGUGCCCGGACGCAAGAAGCGAGUCGCGAUUGACCAGGUAUUUUUCAACAACCUGCUGCGUAUUCUCAAAAUCAUUAUUCCCGACGGUAUCAGGUCCCGAGAGUUCAUGCUUUUAUGCCUUGAGACAGUGUUUCUGGUUCUUCGUUCGGCCAUCUCGCUCUAUGUUGCGUACCUUGACGGAAAACUAGUUUCGCAUCUGGUCAAAGGUGAAGGUACUCAAUUCAUGAAGUCGGUGCUACUCUGGUUGCUUGUGGGGUUUCCUGCUUCUUUCACGAACAGCAUUCUAUCAUACCUUCGGCGUAAGCUGUCGCUACGGUUCCGAAGUCGGCUCAAUGGGUAUAUGCUCAAGGAGUAUCUACCAGACAGCAAUAUCCCGAUCUACUAUUUGCUGCAAAACAUGGAUGAUCGCAUCAAGAAUGCAGACCAGGUUAUGACCUCAGACAUCGCCCGGUUCUCGGCGUCUCUAAGUAACCUUUAUUCCAACCUUGCCAAGCCAAUUCUCGACAUGUUCUUAUAUACAUGGCAGCUUUCGAAAGGAAUUGGUGGCGAUAAUGUCUUCUUCAUUGGGUUGGCGAUCCAAAUGUCGGCUGCUAUGCUACGGCUUUCCGCCCCUCCCUUUGGCGAGUUUGUUGCGAAGGAAGCGAACUUGCAAGGUGACUUUAGAGCAAAACAUACUCGGCUUAUUGAGUACUCAGAGGAAAUCGCUCUCUAUGGAGGCAAUGAGGCCGAAAAGGAUAUCUUGGAUACUGCAUAUUUCGCGCUCAGUAAACAUGUUAAUCGGGUUUUGCGACACCGGUUAAUUUACAACUUCUCUGAAGACUUUGUGAUUAAAUAUUACUGGGGUGCUCUGGGUCUUGUUUUAUGCUCCAUCCCUGUUUUCUUCAAAGAUCUCGCCGGCCAGUCCGUCAUUUCUACUGUAAGUCAGCGAACAAGCUUUUUCGUCACGAACCGUCGGUUCUUAGUUUCGGGGUCUGAUGCAUUUGGUCGUAUCACGUCGUCAUACAAAGAAAUCUCACAGUUGGCAGGGUAUACAUCACGAGUAUCCACGUUCAUGAAUGUUAUGGAUGAUGUCAAGCGAGGCAAGUUCGAAAAGUCGUUCAUGGCCAGCGAUAGUGAGGAUGAUUUUUCGGAUCUGCCACCACCUACAGUUCGCCUAGGCCACGACAUCAUUUUUGACAAUGUGCCAAUUGUCUCGCCUAUCGGUGACGUUUUGAUCCGUCAGCUGUGUUUCCAAGUGAAACAAGGCCAACACUUGCUUAUCGUCGGACCCAAUGGUUGCGGAAAGUCUUCAUUAUUCCGUAUUUUGGGAGGUCUUUGGCAGAUCAGAGCGGGAUUGCUUGUGCGACCACCGGCAUCCGAUAUCUUUUACAUUCCUCAGCGGCCGUAUAUGUCCAAGAGCACAUUACGCCAGCUUGUUAUUUAUCCCACAACCGAAGAUAAUAACACAGUGAGUGAUGCAGAGCUGCGAGAGAUUUUGGAUAUUCUAGAAAUCGGUGAGCUCGUGGAUCACUUUGGGGGAUGGAAUACUGUCAAGGAAUGGCGAGAGGAGCUGAGUAUGGGUGUUCAACAGCGCAUUGCAGCAGCUCGUCUGUUCUAUCACAAACCCAAGUUUGCUAUUCUUGACGAAUGCACAUCAAGUGUCACAUUAGAUACCGAAACCGUGAUUUACACUCAUGCGAAAGAGCUCGGUAUUUCGCUUUUGACAGUCUCUCAUCGCGCAUCGCUCUGGAAAUACCAUAAUUUGAUUCUGCAUUUUGACGGCUAUGGUGGUUACGUAUUCACCGAUUUGGAUGCGGAUGAGCGAUUGAAACUGGAAGAGGAGAAGCUUGCAAUCGAUUACGAGUUACGACACGAAGAGGAAACGAUUGAGAAGCUUCGAAUUUUAGAGCAAGCCGCCAAAGCAUAA